AUUCCCACUGCACACCUUCCUCUCUCUAAUUUCUCCGGCAUGCCGCCAACCUCUCGCAUUCCGCCACUGCUGCAACCUUUUGUGCGCACGCCGAAGAACGAAUCGCUUUUGUUGCUCACGAGCACACUUGAUGCCUCGGCAAACUGGCUUUUGACGCGCUUUCUCUGCGAUGCACUGGGUUCCGGCCAGAAAGACAACGACAAUGGCGGGGCUAAGAACGUGGUACUCGUGAGCUGGAUGAGAGACUACGAGUUUUGGAGACAGGAAGCGCGGAAGGGAAGCGGACUCGACCUGGUCGGCCUACGCACGCAGGGCAGGUUUGCCUUCGUGGAUGGUUUGUCCAGCCUGUUUCUGCCCGCCGACGAGGACGCAGCAGACCCGCAGCGACCACGUAGUCUCCCAGCUGCGCAGCCGGGCGUCCCAUCGACAAAGGGACUUCCAACGCUGCCUGUCCGCGGCCCACCUGGAAGGACAGCACCCGCGACUGCGCAGGCCGCACUACGAGCGCCCGCGAGCCACCCAGGCCUAUACGCGCUCUCCUCCACCUCGAUCGACCAAAUCAAAACCGCAAUCACCGCCGCAAUCGCCUCCCUCCGCCCCACGACCGCCGCCGCAACACGCACCCUCAUCAUCCUCGACAAUCCCGACAUCCUCCUCGCCAGCGUCCCCGGCCUCACCCCCGCCGCCCUCACAUCCUUCUUCCUCGACCUGCACACGCAGGCCACCGUCUCCCACGUCCUCGUCCACCUCCAGUCCGACCUCGCGCUCCUGGCGACGACUGCGGAGAAGCCCUCGCCGCUGCAGAUCGCGCAGCAGAACCUGGUUGUUAAGACGGCGCACAUGAGUGCGAAGGUUCUGGGCGUGCGGGUGCUGGAUACUGGUGUUGCGAGGGAUGUUAGUGGGGUGCUGAGGGUGACGGCAAAUAGAGAGUCGUGGGCAGGCAUUGCGACUCUUGGUGAGGAGGAGGGCGGGGCGGUGCAGGCGCCGGAAGAGGCGGGGUCCGAGGUUCUGUAUAAGGUCAAUGGGGAUGGGAGUGUGAGGGUUUUUGAGAGGGGGGCUGAUGUGGCGGUUUGAAGGGUGGUGUGGGUUGGGUUGGGUAUGCUGGAGUUGUACUGUGCGUGGUAUUACAGAGCGGCCUUGCUGGGUUCUGCUGCUUCAGCGAGUGAAUGGGAUCGGUAGUCUAUCGAAAAGAAGUUUUCGGCAGAGGGCUUUGCACUGCAAAGUACGAGGCCACUUGUUUGUCAAAUUAGGUAGACAAAUAAAAAGGAAUGCGAAGUGCGACGUCAAC